AUGACACCACAAAUUACUGAAUGGGAUGACCUGGAUUUUGUACAGGAAGACAAUGACUCUAUCUCAGAAAUAGCCCGCACAUCUUUUGGCCUUGUUGACAAUGAAACCUUCUAUUAUGGUCACCUGGGUGUUCCGAGGGCUGAAAUAUCGCUUGAACAAAUCAACGCUGCUCUCAUGCCCAUCCCCAGUACCAUCUACCCCAUAUGGCCUAUGUCUGAGGCCAACCUUCGCCUGGCACCAGACGAUUUGGCCGAGAACUUCUAUAUCAAGCGUCCCAAGUUGGAAACGUACAACUGGCUGGUAAACCACGGCCAAGGCCUGGAGACACAGCUAUUCAAAUCCCUCGUGGCCGAGGCACAGGUGUUAGAAGAGUUGUCACAGCAUCCACGCCCAAAUCUGAUCCGCUACUACGGCUCCAGAGUUGCGCAUGGACAUUUCACUGGCAUUGUACUUGAAAAGCACCCACGCGAUCUGCAGACACAUAUUGAUGAAGGGCACAAGGUGCUCGACAAGAACGCUUUUAUGGGUGCACUUGAAUCUGCAAUUCAACAUCUGCACGACCUUGGCUUCGCGCACAAUGACCUCUGCCCAGCCAAUGUCCUAGUCAGUGAGACUGGAAUGCCGGUCUUGAUUGACUUUGAGGGUUGUCAGAAGCUGGGUACUUUGUUGCAGUAUAUUAGAGGAACUGAGGGGUGGAUUGAUGGGGAGAUCAAGGAUCAUCAUACGUCUGACACGGUACAUGAUACCUUUGCGCUUGGGAAGAUUCAGGCGUGGCUUGAAUCAGUCUAG